UAUAACUUGAAAGUAUGGUUGAACAAAUACGGUAACUUGUGAAGUUAGCCUUUUGUAAGAUCGUUUUGUUCAUGUUGUAAGCGGUAUUGUUUAUUUACCUGAGAUGACCUAAUUAGUCACGCAGGUAUUUCAAAGGAAAAUAUUAGGUGAAUUUCGUCGCGAGUUACCUGUCAACCCUAUACAGGUGUGAAAGGUAGGAUCGCCCACCUGAGUAAUAAACAAAAUUCAAAAUGGCGAACGAUCCGAAAUACAAGAUAAGUCCUGGUAUGAGACUGUAUUGGUGUGGACUUAUUUCAUCAAUAGCGGCAUUUUGUUCGGUGUUCCUCGGAUUCUGUAGUCCAUACUGGUACCAGUCCUGGAGGCGAGUACACAGUCCGUUAGCCAAUGUUGGACUGUGGCACAUUUGUUUAUCUGGUUAUGUUAAGCCAAGGGAUCCUCAGAUGCAAAGCUAUGUUGGCUGUUGGUGGAUUCAUUCAUCAUUUUUCAGUGAUGUACAAGAGUUUAUUAUGCCCCCAUGGUUUCGAGCUUGCCAGGCCCUUGUGAUCUUUACGCUGCUGUGUAACAUAUUUUCACUGGUGUUGUGUGUGAUAUAUGUGGUUGAGAAAUGGCGACGGAAAGUGUACGGAAAUAGAUAUGUCCUUGUUCAUAUCAUCAACGCUGUUUUAUUAUUUGCUGCAGCUUUCCUAGUUUUCAUUGUAUCACUGGUAUUUGCCGAGAUGGCGAGACAGGAGAACUACUUCCCACGUCCCUGGAUGAACUAUCUCUCGUGGUCGUACGGCUUCAAUGUUUUAUCCGGUUUCUUCUCCGCGUUCGGUGGCAUUUGCCUGUUUAUCAUGGCAAUGAUUUUGAAAGAGAAACUUUUCGCAAGUGAAGGCGUUGCUAAAGAAUUCGGUGCAAGUCAGGGCAGUGAGAGUGUUAUCACAGGCAUGGGGGCCGUCUCUGAGAAGAGUAAAAGUGAAUCUUUUGUAUAGAAGACUGAAGUUUGCUAUGUUACGCAUAUAUUUUAUACCUUCUGUAAUAUAGAACAUUCCAAUGUAUUCAUACAUUCUUCUGUUUGAAACAUUUUAUGAAAUAAUGCCGUUUUUUUCGUCAGAUUUUAGUUGUAUAAUGAAAGUUCUGCAUGAUUGGAAAUAUUAUUAUAGACUUAGAAUCAUAAUAGAAAUUUUGCUGAUUCAAUAUGCUCAUUUAAGUAUCUCUUUCUGAAAGUUAAAUAACUGAAAAAAGAGAAACACCUUUUGUUAAAAACACAAAUAUUUAUAUAAAGAUUAAGCUUUUUAAUAAGAAAAAAAGAAAUCUUAGAGCUCAACACAGUAAAAUUGUUUGUAACUGAUUUUUACCAGGUGUCAAAUACUGUAUAAUAUUUUAAAGGAAAGGACUUGCUUUGUAAAUAUUUAAGACUAUUUGGACUAUAAAGAAUAUAUGUAUAUAGACUAUCAUUAUGUAAAUAUUACAUGCACAAAUUAUCAUUAAUCUCAUUGGUCCUUAUAUGAACGGUUAACUGGUGUAGAAAUGUUAUAAGUUUGUAUACAAUAAAAAUAACCAUUUUUACACCAGUCUGAGUCUUGAACUUCAUGCUUACUUCUUUUCUAGUGCUUUAAUUUACAUGAAGGCUUAGGUUUGCAGUUCUUUGCAAUUAUAUACCGGGAAAAAGAACAUGUUUAUAUAUUUUUAAGGUUUUUUCUUCAAAAUUUUAAUCGACAGUUAAAUUUUCGAUAUAUGAAAAUUUGCUAAAUGUUCAUUAAAAUUGAUAUGUGUCUUUAAUGUGUAUUUUAUAAUGAUUGAAGGGUUUAAUUCUAGAGACGUUUUGUAACUCUUGUCAUAUUAUGAUAAAGUUCCGUAACUCUUGUUCCACUUUGAAAUUUCAUUAUUCCAAGAGUAAUUUUGUAUCAUAUUCAGUAGUAUUGUAUAUAUCAUAAGAUUAAAACAUUUAUACAGUGUAACUUCCGAAAACCGAACACCCAUGGGACUUGUCAAAAAGUUCGGAUUUCAGAGGUUUCCGGAAUUCAGAGAUUUAUGAUAAUGUGGACAAGACUAAGCCACUUAAUAUCACUAAAUGUCAAGGAAGAUGUGGCCAUUACUGUAAUAUCAUAUACAUAAACUUACCUAUCGUCCGAUGCUAGUUAAUUAAUUAUUACAUCAAAUGCAAUAAAAUCCUUAAAGACGUUUGAUGCAUACAUUGUCCAAUUAAUUGUCAUAUAAUCCGCUAAUAAACACUUCAAAUUAACUGACCGCCGUAAAUUACUAUGAUUAGCCACAUCACUUCAAACAUACCAUUUUACAGUUUGUGAUUUUAACGCGUGUCAAAUUACACGAUCACCGCUAAUUAGUAAACAAUCGAUAGGGAGAUUAAAUCUUCCUGCAGGGUAAACAUUCUCGAUUUACAAUGUAUUUCACACCUUUGGAUAUUUCCGGUUUUUGGAGGUAAAAUUGCAUUGAUUUGACUCUAAUUUUACGAAAAUAUCGUCCGGUAUUCAGAAUUUAGAAGUUCCGGAAUUCAGAAGUAUUAUAUUAAUAGAAAAUGGAAGGGAAAAUAUCGGGACCGAAAAAAAUGUUCGGUAUUUAGAAGUUUCCGGAUUUCAGAAGUUCCGGAAUUCGGAAGUUACACUGUAUAUCAUUUAUUAUUCAUUAACCCUUACUCUCCAGCCUGUGUUAAUAAAAAGCAACCAGCCUUUGCCAUGGGAUCUAGACCAUGGUCAGCCUGCACAUCCAUGUAGUCUGACCUAAGGGUCUAUAAUCUAAUUGGCUUAACUUUAAAUUUUCAUCUUGAUAUCCCCAAAGUUGAUAAUUGACAAUUCGAACACUAACUGGACAAGUCCAUUUUAGAAACUUAGCAGGUUUAAGGUAAAGAAGAAAUAAAACAUCUGAUUUUGUUUUUGUAUGAUAUUUUAAUCAUGUUACAAUUGCUGUUUGUUAUCCCUAUAAUGUUAACGUGGGAUAAUGUCAAUGAAAACUCUCAAAUAUAAAAGUGCUUUUCAUGUCUUUAAGGAUUAGUUUACAGGAUUUUAUGUAAAAUGUUUUUCCAUUAUUUUAAAGAUUCAUUAAAUAACAUAAUUUUUUAAUGUUUUGCCAGAUGUAAACAAAUCCAUUGUUACAUUUGCUUUAUUUUUCUGCCAAAUGUUACCAUAUUCACUUAAAUACUAGACUUAAAUUAUUGUGCAGUUAAAGUUUAUACUGACAGAGAUAAAUAACAAACAUGAAAGCAAAAAAAAAAACAACAAAGAAACAAACAAAAACGACAACAAAAUAAAAACAAGCUAAACUACAUUGAAAAAACAAUUUCACAAUUUUGUUUUUGUCAAUGGACAUUGUUUCUGCUAUUUUGAAGAGUGGAUAAUACUUUUGUUACUCCUAAGAACACUAUUUGGAUUUUUGUUAGGGUUUUAAACAUACUUGAUAAGUAAUAUGAAUUAUAUAUAAAAACAAGCUUUAAUACAUUGAAAGAAACAUUUAAUUGAAAAUAUUGAAGAGUGGUUAACAUUUUUUUCAUUUUACUCCACAGAACACUAUUUAGAAUAUUAUUUCAGUUUAAACAUGUUAUAUAAACAAAGAAUUGUGUUCCAUUAAUGUUAAAGUGUUAAAGCUGCACGCCUCUAGAUGAGCCAGAAUAUUUCAAGAAAAUCAAUAUUGAGAAAAAUGUACUAAAAUUUUAAGAAAAGUAAUAACAUUCCCAAUCCAAGUUAUAUUUUUCAUGUUAUGUGUUGUUUAAGACUGAUUUUGCUGUUUUUUAUUACCAUAUUUCUACUGUGUUACUAACACAGUAAUGGCUAUUUUGCAUAUGUUGACGAUUUUUUGGUAAUUUUCUUUGACUGUAAGUGCUGAUUGCAAUACAUGUAUGCAAAUUACUUUAUUUGUUCAACUCACAAUAUAUUACUUUUAAAUACAUUGAAAAAAUUAACAUGAAUCUGGAGGCGUGCUGCUUUAAGAUAUCAUAUGUUAAUUAAAGGCCCAUUAUGUCUUAGAAAUGCUACCAAUUAAACUUACUUCUCUAAAACUUUUAAAUAAUUGGAAUCUUGUAACAGUUUUCAAAGUAAUUCUAUAUUGCCGUAUACGUGGACUAUCUUUUGUAACUAUAGCUCUGUUGGAAAUGGGUAUAAUUAUUGUGAAUUAGUAUUUUGUAAUUGGAAGUCAAAAUACUUCUUUGUUUACAUUUUGCUUCCUUUUGGAUACAUUACUGCAUGUUCAGUUCUACUUUUUUUAGUUGUUAAACAUCUAACAUGCUCUAAAAUCUAAAUCCAUUAUUAAAACAUAAUUAAACACAUGUUUGACAUUGUUAAAGAACUUAAAAAAAUAUUGAUUUCUGAAGCAUAAUGUGCCUUUAAAAGAUAAAAUAUAGUUACUGUAAAAUGUACAUGACAUUACUGUAAAGCAUAAUUCAUCUGAAAAUAUUCUGCAUGUUCAAUCAUCCUUGUUUUAUACCUGUAUGUAUAUAUUAUUGUACAAGGAAAAUUCUUAUAUAUUUUUGUAUCAUAUUAUUAUAUAUAGUACAUAACAAUAAAUCAUUUUCUACAGCUAC